GCGCAUAAAUAAAUAAAGUCGACUUGCCUCAGCUCGCUUUUUGGUGAUUUUUUUUUUGUGCUGCGGCUGCGCUUUUCGAAAUUCGAAUCUCCGUAUUCGCUGUGCGAUAUGAUGUGAUGUUUACUAUGAAGUGAUCAACUUAAUGCGACCGCGAAGCUAUCGUAAAGCACAGAAAAUCGGAUGAAUUGAAGGAAAACUCCAGAAAUCGCAUAGCCCAACUCCAGCAACAACAACAACAAUUCGGAAUCGGAGGCGCAUUGUGUGAGCUAGAUCGGCGAAGGAAAGGGAAAGAGAGCAGGAGACGAAGGAGAGUGGGAAGAAGGAGAGGAGAGGUGGAGGAGUGGUGCACAGAAUGGAUGUUGAAAUACCUGUUUUGGCUGGAUAUCUUAAUGUGCCGACCCAAACUGGAUUUUCGCUAAAUCGCAUCUCGAAAAAGAAAGCAUGCAGUCGCUACUGUUUGCUAUUCAAGGCCAGUCGACAUGGGAUUGCCCGCCUGGAGAUGUGCGAGAGCAAGGAGGACCGAAACCCCAAGAUCUUCACCCUCGAGAACUGUGUGAAGAUCACUCAGGAGCCGCCUCCCGAACGCCUCAUCCACAUCGUCAAGCGGCAGGCUACCCUCACACUGAGCACAAGUAGCGAGGAGGAGCUCAAGGACUGGAUCACCGCCCUGCAAACGGUGGCCUUCUGUGACACCUCACCAUCGGGGGGAAUCGGGGCCAUCGAGGAGGACAACGACCUCUACUGCAGCUCCUUUGACGGCUUGUUCAUUAUCACGUUGAUUCCAUCCGAGGCCUCCAUUCGCUGCUGCAUUGAACCUAAGACGUAUAUGCUCCAAAUGACGCCCACUGAACUUCAGCUGAAAUCGGAGGAUUUGGGCGCCACAAUCGCUAUGUGGCCAUAUCGUUUCAUUAGGAAGUACGGCUAUCGCGAUGGCAAGUUCACCUUUGAGGCGGGCAGAAAAUGCACCACCGGCGAGGGCGUUUUCACCCUGGAUCACACCAAUCCGCAGGAGGUAUUCCGCUGCAUGUCCGCCAAGAUGAAGUCGAUGAAGAAACUGAUUAGCGGAGAUAGUCUGAGCACCUUGGAGUGCGGUGAGAAUCAGUUUAGUGCGGCAGCUGGCAUGGAGCCCGGCUCGCGAAGCCCCCUGCCACCAUCUCCGUCGAGUAAUCCCCACGGUGGAGAGUUCGAGAUCAACUCGACGCAAAGUUGCAUAUCCCUGAGGGGCUUCAUUAGCUCCAACGAUUCUCUUAACAACUUCUCGGCGGGUGGAGGUGGAGCAAGUGGCGGCACAGCUACGGGUGGUGGUGGUGGAGGCGUUUUAGGAAGUACCGGAGGAAUCACGCUAUCCGUACCCGCAAAUAGCAAUAGCAACAGCAGCAGUAAACACAUUCCCAACAAACCGCCACGCAAAAGCCCGACAACCCAUUGUGAUAAAUACAGGAACAUUGUGAAAUAUGAGCCUGUGGCCAUAACUACGAUAUCUUCGCCAUCCGCCACCUCCGAUGUGAACAGUUCAGUGAUACUGAAACCCCUGGAAGGUGAAUCGAUAUCCCUGCCGGAGACAGCACCCGACUUACCGCCCGACUUGCCGCUGAGAAAUGAGAGCGCAUCGAAAGCACCGCCUCCGGAGCGGGAUUACGAGUGCAUCGAAAACAUCACAGAGGCGUGGCGCACAAGGGGCGUGGGCGAUGUUAGGCACAGCGAACGUAUGCCCAUACUCUGCGAUACCUCAGAAUUUGUACGCCAGCGAUCAGUAUCGAAAGCCACCUGUGGCACCCAAAACACACCCAAGAUCAUAGACAUCGACAUCGGUGAGGGUUGCACAAGCGCCACAUCCAUUAGUGAAUCCAAUUACGAUCGCUUGGACUUUCUAUCGCCGAACAACAAGACAUCGAGUGGCUAUAAGACCAUUGUGAAUGUCACACCCGGUAAUCGCAUCCGAUGCAGUCCACCGCCACCCAAUGAAUACGAAUUGAUCGCUAGUCCCGAUACGGAGAGCUUCCGUAAAGCCGACGACAGUCAUCGCGGCUACGGGGUGCUGCGAAAGGCUAGCAGCACUACGAACAACAAUAAUCUAGGAAUCUCCAAUAGCAAUAUCAGCGGCGGUAGUAGCACCAUCACAACUGCCACGGCCAACAACAAAGGCAACCUCGAGGCGGCAGCCAUUGAUCAUCGCAGCUACAAUGGCCUCAACUACACAAUGGUCAGCAAACCGAAGCGAGUGUAAAAUAUCUAAGGAUUUCAGAUUCGUUAGCGGGGAUCCAGAGAUCCUGGCAUCGAACUGGGUGCAGUGGGGUUUGGGGUGGAUCGGGAGGAGAUAGUCCUAGUUUUUAUUUGUCCCAGAACUGUUGCUGUUUUCAAUUUAAUUCAACAAACUUGUUGACAUGUUAAUUUGGAUUUUCCCAGUAGUCAAACUCAUGACUAUUUCGUUAUUGGACGCCAGAUGAAUAAGCUUGUGUGCUUUUCGCGAUUCAUUUUAAGUGUUGCGAUAACAUUUGCCAGUAAGAAACAAAUGUAUAUGUAUGUUAAAAAAAUUUCGAUAUAUUGAAAACAGUAACGUGCCAGUAACUUUCUACAUAUUUUCAUUAAUCGCAUUUUGAGUAUAAGUGAAAAAGAAGAGACUGCCGAGUGCCUUACAGUUCUACAAAAAGAAAGAAAAUCCAGGCUGGAAAUCGAGGGAAGGAAGUGCGUCGAAUCUCCAAAUCCCAGAAAUUGUCCUUCCCUUCGACAAGCCAAAAUGAAAUACCAUUCGAAUCGUUCAAUUUUUUUUGUAAUUGUUUUUCGUUAAUUAUGUUAAAUUCGUAAUCUGUGAUUGUAUUGUUAAUUGUAAAACUGUUACAUUUUUAGCAAGCACUGCCCGCCACUUGAUCGCACUCGAAAAAUUCCCCCGGCUCUUACUUAAAAUGUAGAGUUAAAUUAAAGCAAGAGACAAAAGAAACUCAAUCGAAUCCUGGACGUAACGAAAACUUACACAUUGUGUAUGCGAUUUGUGCUAAAUAUAUGUGUUUUUGUAUAUUUAAUGGAACUAGAUUUUAAAUACACUGCAAUUGUACUUGUUUCCGUUUAUCCGUCCGUCUUCUCAAGGUUUUGCUGCCAUAUAUAUCGGUUAUUCGAAUUGUUAUUCCUAUACGUUUUUGUAUGAUAGAUCAUAUAGCUGCCAUAGGAACAAACGGUGUGAUGCCAUUCUCAAAAAAAAAUCUCCCAAAAUAGUUGACUCUUUUUUUGUUCAAUCUUAGACUGUAAAUAUAGGUUUCUUAAGUGUUGUUUUCGAUUGCACCUCCUCUCUCAUAACCCAAAUAAAAACACCCAUCGUUACCCCA